AGGGUGAGAGAGGAGGAGAAGAGGGGAGAGAGAGAGAGAGAGAGAGAGAGAGAGAGAGCCUGCCACCAUGGACGAGCAGAGAGAAAUGAAGGUGAAAAAUCCAUGGCACAGGCCGGUCAUUAUCUUAAUAAUAGUCCUCAUUGCCAUAGGGAUCGUUGUUAUGGUGGCCACAGCUAUCAUACAGAACAAACCUCUGCAUCAGAAAUAUAAGUAUGGCAUAGUUCUGGAUGCAGGCUCCUCCCACACCUCAGUGUUUAUUUAUGAGUGGCCUGCAGAGAAGGAGAACAACACUGGAAUGGUUCGUCAGAAACAUGCCUGUGAUGUCAAAGGCAAAGGCAUCUCCAGUUAUUCAGGUAACCCAGCAGGGGCAGGCAGCUCUCUGACUGACUGCAUGGCAGAAGCCCAAAAAAUCAUACCAGUCCACAGGCACCAGGAAACCCCAGUCUAUCUCGGGGCUACCGCAGGGAUGAGGCUACUAAGGAUGGAGGACAGCAGCCUGUCGGAUCAGGUUCUUGACGCGGUUGAGAGAUCUCUGCAGACAUAUCCUUUUGACUACCAGGGUGCCCGUAUAAUCACAGGCCAAGAGGAGGGAGCUUUUGGCUGGAUCACAGUUAACUAUCUGAGCGACAAUUUCAGGAAGGCAUCAGGAACAAUAGGAGCACUCGACCUGGGUGGAGCCUCAACCCAAAUUACCUUUGUCUCUAAGGAGAAUUCAGAAAAUCCAGAGAAUUCUAUGGACUUCCGGCUUUAUGGGAAUCCUUACCAUCUAUACACGCAUAGCUUCCUCUGUUAUGGGAAGGACCAGGUUCUAAAGCUUGCUUUGGCAAAGAAACUUCAGUCACUGGAGAUGCAAGAAGAUGUACUGAAAGACGCUUGUUUCCACCACGGCUAUAAAGCUAAUAAGACCCUCUCGAGUGUUUUCAACACACCGUGUGUUAGUGAAAAGCUUGCUGACUCUCCAAAAAGCUUCAUCCACUGGGGCACUGGGGAUGGUGUAGAAUGUCAAAAUGCUGUGAGGAAAGUCUUCAACCACAGCUGCUGUCAAUACUCAACGUGCUCCUUCAAUGGGGUCUACCAACCACCUGUGGAAGGGCACUUUGGGGCUUUUUCUGCAUUCUACUUUGUGAUGAACUUUUUGAAUUUGACUAAUGACGACUUGGAGACGGCUAAGGCCAAGCUUAUAAACUACUGCUCAACCCCAUGGGAAGAGAUAAAGAGCAGCUAUCCCAGCGUGAAGGAGAAGUACCUGGCCGAGUAUUGCUUCUCGGGAACUUACAUUCUUACUCUGCUUGAGGAUGGUUACAACUUUACCAGCACAACUUUCAAAAACAUCGAGUUCAUCAAAAAGAUUGCGGACAGUGAUGCCGGCUGGACUUUAGGUUACAUGCUCAAUCUGACCAAUAUGAUCCCCGCCGAGGCCCCGGACACGCCCCCUCUCCCUCACGGCGGGUUCGUGAGCCUCAUGCUUGUAUUGUCACUGCUAAUCUUCAGCCUCGUCAUUGUCGGUUACAAGUGUUUCCGACGGCCGGUGGUUUACAGCUCUGCCCCGAAGGACAUCGUUUAACUCAGCGUGUUCUGGUGACA